ACUUAUCCAUGGCUCCUCCAACUCAAAAAUCAAAAAAAAGUCGCACCGCACCUUCGCGUGCUCGACCAGCAUCGUCCUCGGCACUCUCCCAGCCCAUGGUCGAAGAUGCUUCCUCCUUCACUACUCUGUCUUCCUUCUCGCCAAAGGGGCACCUCUUCGCAUCUCUCUCCCUCUCAGUAGACAAGCACAGACUACGCGUACACAAUACCACCACGGGGCAGAGCGUUGCAGAGCAUGUCGUUGAAUCUGCACAUGUGACUGCACUUUCCUGGGCGCAGUUCGACCUUGCGAAGGACCCAGUAGCCGUAGAGGAAGAGGAGGAUGCAUCCCCAAAAAAGAAGCGGAAAAAAAGGAACAGCGUCGCACAGGUGAGUGCGACCGACCCGCUCUCCAACACGACUGAGGUCGUCACCUUGGGUCUAUCCAAUGGUUCUCUCCUCAUUUUCGACCCUUCCCACGGACGAGUUGUCCGCACACUUUCACAUCCCUCUAGCACCUCGUCAAUCCUAUCCAUCUCUACCUCCACACAUCAAAAGACAGCCUCCUUAUGGACUUCGGGCGGAGAUAGCUCCCUACGCUUCUGGGACGCCCGGAAAGGAGAGCAUAUCUUCAGCUGGAAGAACGAGGAACGGAUGCCAUGCACGUCCAUGAGUGUCCGUGGCGGUCCCGAACCGGGCUCAGUUGAUCUACUUCUUGCGCAUCACAGCAUUCGUCUACUGUCGACCUCUCAGGAUGCUUAUCCCGUCUCCGAAUUUGCGAAACCGAAAGAGCGUGCAUCCUUCAUUGGCCAUGCUUCCAAUGUUACAUCUUUACAAUGGGCAGGUUCUGAGUCUCAGCCCUCUACGCGCUUUGCAUCUAUGGCGGAAGCUGAUCGGCACGUCUAUCUCUGGGACGUCCCCGACGACUCCGCGCUGGAAGGAAAGCUAGUGGCGUCGAUUUCUUUGGACUCAGAUGCGCGCCAGAUUUCUUUCUCUCCAGCAUCGUCACAUCCCAAUCUCCUCGUUCUAUCCGCUUCUGGCAAAAUCUCUGUAUAUUCUUUGGCCUCUGACCUGGCGAGCGCAACCCCACAGAAGAAAUCGAAGCAGAGAGUACGAACACUCAAUCCAGUGUCAAUCGUGACCAUCUCUUCGAAACAGACCAGCUCACCAAUUGAGGUCACUGGAGUAUCCUUUGUUCACGAUGUAGAGGACAGUAUACAAGUUGCAUGGCUAGUAGGUGGCGUGAGGCCCUUCUUUGACAUCGUUCAAUAUUUGGAUGCUUCUGGAAACUUUAUACCAGACAUCAAUAUCGUACACAAAGAUGCCGGUGCAAAUCUAAUCAGCGAAGGAGACAACAUUCCUGGCGCUCCCAACAAACGUUACGCCGAAUCAUCCAACCUCGCUGUGCGCUCCGGCAACGACCUCGGGCAGGAUGCUGCCACAGAUGAUCUCGCUCUGCGCGACAUAGACGGUGUCCUCGACGUCGACCUCGCCGAACUGAGCCUUGGCCAGCGCCUGACGGCCCUCGAGCCUGGUGCCGUGCCUGCCCGUACCAAUGACUCCGACCCCCCUUCUGACAAUGACGGCGAUGAAGAAGAUACGCAUUCGUCGCGCGCGCGGAGACGGCGGCCGGUGGCUGGGUCCGCAAUGUCGUCGAUUACGCUGACGCGCACGCUCAUACAGGCACUGCAUUCGUCCGAUAUGCGCCUGUUGGAGAUGUGCCUCUCGCACACGGACACGAGCCUCAUCAUGAACACCGUUCGGCGGCUGCCGCCGCAGCUCGCGGUGUCGCUGCUCACUGCGUGUACGGAGAGGCUUGGAAGGGGGAAGGGUGCCGGUGCAGGGAAGGGUGGCGGGGCGGGAGCCGGGAGCCAACGAGGCGCGGGGCUUGUGAGGUGGAUCAAGACCGUAUUAGUGGUGCAUAGUGGCCAUCUGAUGACUAUGCCAGAUUUAGUCGCCCGCCUGUCGGGCUUGCAUGCUACCCUGACUACUAGGCUGACGCUACAGGACUCCCUGCUCUCUCUUUCUGGACGGCUCGACAUGGUCCUGCAACAGAUUGAGCUUCGGUCGUCAGCGGCACCAGCACCUCUCGCCGCGUCAUCGCAAGCGGGAACGGGUAAACAAAACGGAAACGGUCGCAGCGGCACUGGGAGGGAGCCGAGGCGGUACGUCGAAGGGGAGAGUUCAGACGAGGACGGGGAGGAAGGCGGCAUGGAUGUCGAAGUGGAAGAAGGCAGUGACGCGGGGAGCAUCGAGGAUGUUGAGUUAGGUGGAGACAGCGAGGCCGAAGAGCUGGAUAGUGAAGACGACGACGACGACGAUGACGAUGAGGAGGAGGAGGAGGAAGAUGAGGAGGAGGAGGAGGGGGAGGAUGGCAUGCCGAGGUUGAAUGGUUUCAUCGACGACGAGGCGGAGGAAGACUAUGAUAGUGAGGAGAGCGAGUGAAAUUAACUUCUUUGGUCUAUGGUAAUGUAUGAGUAUACGGCACAGUAUACGGCGCGAUUUUGCAGGUGAUGCUCUCGCAAGAACUCAUAAUCCCAAUCUUCUCCAUGUCCAAUAGCUAUCAUAGGGACCUGAUAAAACCUGCCUCGCGGUGGAUCUUGCGAUCUCG